AAUUCGGAGGCUUUAAAAGGAAAUAUUUCCCCCUUAAAGUUCUCCCAGAGAAUUUAAUGCUCCUUCCCCGAAUCCCUCUCGUUGUGUCGGUGGACCCUUCCGCUUCUACUUGCCGCUGCGGCGCUGCACCGAGCACCGUCGGCACCGAGAAGCCGGCUUCUGGAACCCAGCCACAACUGGCUACAAAUCGGCCGCCUUCGGCAAUUCCUUUACCGAGUCCAAGCCGAACCAAGAACCCUACCGACGAAAAGGGGCAACCUCCUGCGGUUCCUUUCCCCUGUCCCAGCCUCGCAGGACGAACCGAGGUCAAAGCGUGCUUCCUCAGGGCCUCGCAACUCUUCUUCCGCCGCUUCUGAUCCCGAGACAAAGCCCAAUCGCCCUUGGCACCCUAUCCUUGGUGCUCUGGUUCUUAUUCCACGGCGUUGCCUUGAAAACGAGGGGAUUCUGUAAGAAGCAGAGUGGAUCAACCGAGCUCUGAUACCAUGUAAGAAUCUAGGAACCAAUAUCUGCUAUCUUAAAGUUCUCUCAUUUUUUUUAGGUUUACUGUUACAAUCUGCGAAAAGAUGGUUAAGAAGAAACCCGUCUGCGAGGAAGGUGACAAUGAGUGCUCCAAUAAAAAAAAGUCUUCUUGCUCUUCUGUUCCUCAUUUCCCUUGCUAUCCUCGUCCAGUUCACCCUUCUUUCUUCAAGAUCAUGAUUGGGGAUUUCCAAGAGUUAUUGUUCAUACCCCCAGACUUUACCCAUGUUAUGGUUGAUUUAGUCGAUAAGAAUGUGUAUCUAAAAACUUCUCUCGGAAGUUGUUUUAAAGUUAAACUCUCAGUUGCUGCUAAAUCCUUGGCAUUUAAAGAUGGCUGGCCUGAUUUUGUAUUGGAUCACUCUAUUGCUGCUGGGGAUGUUUUGGUGUUCACAUAUGUCGGCGAAUCCUUGUUUGCUGUUGACAUUUUUGGCAUUAAUACUUGUGAAAAGGUUUACUUUGGUAAAACAGAUGGAAAUAUUCUCAACAAAAAGAAGAAAGAGAAAACUAGCACAUCUCUUCGGAGGCCACAGCUUGUCAAGCGUCAGAAAUCUUUUGAAGCACCUAGUUUUAAGAAAGAUUCACUAGAGAAGACUGAUCUGCCGAGUACUAACAAAAAUGUUUCUGAAUCUCUUGGUGGAACAGAGGUUCACUUUGGCAAAGUUGCUGACAAUCUCUGCUCCAGAAAGAAUCGAAGGAAGGUCGAUUCCUCUCUUGAAAGGCCGCUUAAGAAACCACAUUUUCUUGAAGCUUCAAAUGCUAAGAAAAGAUCAGAGCAGAUAAAUGAUCCUACAAUUUCUGCCAAUCGUUCUGCUGAGUGUCUGGUGCAGAAUAAAAAUGAGUCUGGAAACUCUGCCCAAGAUAUUGAAAUGAUGGAUGAUCCUGAUUAUGGUUGUGUAGCUAAAAACCCAGAUACAGUUGAAAAGAAACCUAAAUUUCCUCCCCCUCGUAGCUGUGGUUCUGGAAGUCCUCGAGAUAUUGAUGUAAUUCAAAUAAACAAACCAUCAGCCAACAUGAUCCGCGGAGAAGUUCCAAUAGAAGAUGAAGUAAGAGGACAUUCUUUUGUAGAUGAAACAAAUAAAAAACAGAUUUCUAGCUGCUGGGAUGUCAUCCUUGUUACUCCUGAGGUAGAUGUUUUGCGUCCAUCUGACAUAAAUGAGAUAUGUUAUCUAGGAGAAAAUGAAUACGACUAUCUUCAUGAACCCAAUGUGAUGAAUGCAAUUGCAUCUGACAAGAUUGAUGGCAUAUUUCUUCUCACAGAGGAUGGUGUAUGCCACAUUGUAGAGGAUGAUAUAGAAAAUGGACAAUGCAAAACUAACAUAAUCGAGAAAUAUCAUGUAGUAGAAAAUGGGAAUGGUAUAGCAGGGAUAAAUACAAUUGCAGCUGAAGAGGUUGUCUGCAAAUUUCUUAUUACAAAGGAUGGAAUAUGCCAUAUUGUAAGUGAAGAUACAACACAUGGUCGAGGUGCUGCCACAAAUGCCAAUGUAACUGGUAAUAGCAUGGGAUGCAUUGACACUGUUAACAUACCUAGAGAUGCCUCAUCUACCCAUGAAAGUUCUCCAGCAGUUAAUUCCCUUGCACCUGUAAUUCAACAUAUUAAUGAUCAAACGGCUAACAGAAUAGUUGUGCACACAAAGAGGAGUAGAACUGGCUGUUCAGACACAAAACCACUUACUUCGUUGUUAGAUAGUUUUGGAGGCAACCAUCAGGAUAUGCCUUAUAUGACUACUGAAGCAAAUCGGUCGGAUAAUAACCUUCAGGAUAUACCUGAUAGGACUGUGACAGCUAAUCAAUCUGGAAAGGCAUCUGAUAUUCUGCUAGAAGUGAAUGGGGAAGAGGAUGAAUCUUGCCUAAGAAGCCAUGAUCCUAAAUCUGCAGAGGUGAAACCUACAGGCUUGGAUGGUGUUUUUUCAUUAAGUGCUCCGUGUUUCAGCUUAACUCUAUCGUCCAACUACCAGUUCUACAUUGAGCUUCCUCACAGGCUGCCAUUCCCAAAAGGCAGAAAAAGAUCUGAAACUAAAAUUGUAAUUCUUCGUGAUCCAUGCCUCAGACUAUGGCCUAUUAUGUACCACGAGACUGACCAAUUUACCGGUUUUGUGGCCGGAUGGACUGAUUUUGUCAAAGCUAACAACCUACAGCAGGGACACCAUUGCAAUGUUUUUUCGGUAGGCAACAAGUACGAGCUUCUAUAUCAUGUGCAGAUAGCACAACAAUGACUAUUCGGAACCCACUCGGAAUUCAUCUUCAUCCCCCUGGUUGCUUAAACUCACAUGAUGUGGAGGUGUUUUGAGACAAAACUGAUUUUCCUUGAUUGUAGAUUAUAAAGUGAGAAUUGAUACAAAGACAAGGUUUUACUAA